UUAAAGCUUGAUUUUGCUCUAUCUCUCUCUCUCCUUUCUUAAUUCUUUCUUAAUGUAUCUGUUUUUCUUUCUCUCUCUCUCUCUCUCUCUCUCUCUCUCUCUCUCUCUCUCUCUCUCUCUCUCUCUCUCUCUCUCUCUCUCUCUCACAACUCACUUCUGAACAACCGAUCAUCCGAUGGGAAGACAUCCAAGUAACAUGAUUGACGCAAUACAUCCAAGUAACGCAGUUCACAUACAAUUCAUCCAAGCAACGUGGUCGUUCAACAUUAACUCUUGAGUCGUUGAGUUGGUGAGAUUUUCAGAGAUAUUCGGAUCAAUCAGAGAUUUUCAAAGAUCAUAAUCGAAACGUAUAAUGGAUUCGUGUGAUGCCGGGUCCCCUUUCGACAAGCUGCCUCCGGAGCUUAUUUGCACCAUAUGCGAUUAUCUUGAUUUGGAGGCGUUGAAGGCAUUGUCUCUUACAUGCCACCGGUUGGAGCAAAUAUGCGCGAACCAAUGUGCUCAUCGGUUUUUCUUGUGCAUCCGCGAGAAUAGACUGGCAUAUUAUAACUAUCAGCUGGGAACAAUUGCCGAAAAGGUGGAAGAGGCAGCCAUUUUGCUGAAGACUACAAAACGUCGCUACCGUCGGGUUCAUCUCGAUGUGCAGUACGAGCCUGAGGCCGAUAGUAUCGAGCAUAUGCAAGCUAUACUCGACAAGCAGUUGUUGCAGCAACUGGCCGUGCUGAAGCUUGAUCUACCGGCUUUAUCGGGAAAUUUGGCCGUACAUCUGUCGGACGCGGUGGCCAAGAUGGACUGCUUGCUGGAGCUAGACAUCUGUUAUCGACAUCAGUUGACAAAUGUCAAUCUGCCUUUGUCCAGUGACUUGAACCUUAUCAACCGUUCACUGCAUAAUCUGUCCCUAGACUACGUUUGGCCGGCCAGGAUCGAUUGCCCCAAUAUGCAGAGCCUUGCCGUUAAAGGGCCAUUCGAUAUAGAGGCUAUCGUAGGUAAGCAGUAUGCGCUGCACGGUGUUCGGGAACCUUACUGGAAGCUGAAGCACAUAAAAGAGCUGGUAAUUACUAAACAUUUACAGAGUAAUCCGUUUCCCGAUUCUUCGGCAUUAGCUGCAAGCUAUAGGGUACAGUUUUAUCGACAGUUGAAACACCUUAAAAAAUUGUACUACAACUUUAACGGCGCGUCAGAUUGGAUAUUGCAGACCAUUUGCGAAUCUUGCGUCCAGCUGGAGCUCCUAUAUUUCCUAAUGCUAGAAGUGGAAGACCGGAAUUCGUUACGCUUCCUUUCGAAUCUGACCAACCUACGAGAAUUGAACAUUUUAAUCGCCAGAAACGUCAUAUCAUUCGCUGACGUUCGCUUGCCCAAUCUGAAAAGGCUUCUAUUAGACUUUGUGGAAAUUUACUGGCCCCCAGUCGAAGGAUUUGAUUCAAUCGAAUGGCUGAAGAUCAAAGCCUUUCCUUGGCAGGAGAAGCAAAUAUGUGAUCUUUUCGCUGGGCCCUUGAACCGUCUCCGCUUUUUAUGGAUCAAGCUAUCAAUAGAUUUAGAGCUCUCGUGGUAUAGAAACAUAUUUGCAGCGCUCACCAAACUGCCUGCGCUGAAAACGCUCGUACUGCACAAUAUGCCAUCUUUGAAUCACCUCAAUGUAAUGAAACCCUUACUGCAGUUAACUAAACUAACAGUUCAACUUUCUUUCGGCAGCGACGGAACGACUGUUCCGGUCGAGGUUCCAAUACUGGUGCCCAACGUUGAAAGAAUCAAAAUUUGUGCAGACAAGGAGUUAGAAAAGGUGCGUUGGAAUAAAAACGUUGCUUCAGUACCUAAAAUAUAACCAAUCAACCUAUUCCGGCAAAGGUUGGAAAUGCAAAGGUUAAAG